GCUCCUGGUUACCGGCUGGAAGGGGACGGGAAGCCAUUGAUGUCGGCUGGAGCCGGUAAUGGAGGCGGAGGAGAAAACGGAGCGGCCGCGGCUCCGGAGCAGCGGGAGGCGGUUGCCCUGAUCGUCCAUUUGUGAAGUCAGCCUGAGGCCUUGGUGAGGGAGAGCGGGCCAGCCCCGGGAUUGGGUUGCUGCUGUUCUUUUACCUGAGCCGAGAUUUCCCCUGGAGAAGAUGGCGAGUGAACCGCCGGCCCGCAGCCUGGACGACAUCGACCUGUCCGCUCUCCGGGACCCUGCGGGUAUUUUUGAACUGGUGGAAGUUGUUGGAAAUGGCACCUACGGACAAGUAUACAAGGGUCGACAUGUCAAAACGGGGCAGCUUGCAGCCAUCAAAGUUAUGGACGUCACUGAGGAUGAAGAGGAGGAGAUCAAGCAAGAAAUUAACAUGCUGAAAAAGUACUCGCAUCAUAGAAAUAUUGCAACAUACUAUGGUGCCUUCAUCAAGAAGAGUCCUCCAGGCCAUGAUGACCAGCUCUGGCUGGUUAUGGAAUUCUGUGGAGCUGGAUCUGUCACAGACCUGGUCAAGAACACAAAAGGGAAUGCAUUGAAAGAAGAAUGGAUCGCCUACAUCUGUAGGGAGAUACUACGGGGCUUAACACAUCUUCAUGCACAUAAAGUUAUUCACAGAGACAUCAAGGGACAGAAUGUGCUACUGACAGAAAAUGCUGAAGUGAAACUUGUUGAUUUUGGCGUCAGCGCUCAGCUCGACAGGACUGUUGGAAGAAGGAAUACGUUCAUUGGCACCCCAUAUUGGAUGGCACCCGAGGUGAUAGCAUGUGAUGAAAACCCAGAUGCCACCUACGAUUAUAGGAGUGACAUUUGGUCUUUGGGAAUUACUGCAAUCGAAAUGGCAGAAGGUGCACCACCUCUGUGUGACAUGCACCCAAUGCGAGCCCUAUUCCUUAUUCCAAGAAACCCCCCUCCCAGGUUAAAAUCUAAGAAAUGGUCACGGAGGUUUAUAGAGUUUAUUGAGAAUUGUCUGAUAAAAAAUUAUACUCAGAGACCGUCUACAGAUCAGCUGCUAAAACACAGCUUCAUCCGAGACCAGCCAACCGAGAGGCAGGUACGCAUCCAGCUAAAAGACCAUAUUGAUCGGACCCGGAAGAAGCGAGGCGAAAAAGAGGAGACAGAGUACGAAUAUAGCGGCAGUGAGGAGGAGGAGGACAAUGUCGGUGAAGAAGGAGAACCCAGCUCCAUUGUGAAUUUGCCAGGUGAGUCCACGUUGAGGCGAGAUUUCCUGCGGCUGCAGCAGGAGAACAAGGAGCGCUCGGAAGCUGUGAGGCGGCAGCAGCAGCAGAUUGUGCUGCCACGCCGGGACCCAGAGGAGCACAAACGGCAGCUUCUCUCCGAGCGACAGAAACGCAUAGAGGAGCAGAAGGAGCAGCGACGUCGGCUGGAGGAGCAACAACGGCGAGAACGAGAGCUACGCAAGCAGCAAGAAAAGGAGCAUCAGCGGCAGUUAGACGAGAUGCAGCAGCUUCGAAGAGAGGAGGAGAGGAGACAGGCUGAGAGAGAGCAGGAAUAUAAGCGGAAACAACUGGAGGAGCAGCGGCAGUCUGAGCGGCUUCAGAGGCAACUGCAGCAGGAGCAUGCCUUCCUCAUGUCACUGCAGCAGCAGCAGCAGCUGCAGAAGCAGCAGCAACAGCCCCAAGAAAAGAAGCAGCUGUACUAUUACAAUAAAAAUGUGAAUCCGACGGACAAACCAGCCUGGGCAAAGGAGGUUGAAGAACGCUCCAAAAUGAACAGGCAGAACUCUCCUGGUGCGAAGCCAAAGAUGGGGACCACAAUAUCGGAUCCGUCGCUGCAGUCGCUCACUGAAUCGGUGCCCAGCAGUGCUGCCCAGGCCUCACAGACACCGCCCAUGCACCGGCCUGUGGAGCCACAGGGAGCCCAGUCAAAGUUUCAAGUGGCACACCUGGUUGCGCUGAAGCCAUCAUCAGCACCGGUGCCAAGGUCUCAGUCACUCCAAGACCAACCGACCAAGAAUGUCGCUGCCUUCCCAACCCAGGAGCCUGUGCCAGUGAAGCGUGGUGAGAUGCUGCGGCAGAACUCAGACCCCACCUCUGAGACCCCUGUACUACCUCCCCGUGCUGGGAACAGAGAUGACUCUGGGCCAUGGGUGAAGAUGGAAGAUGAAGCACCUCCAAAGGUUCCUCAGAGAACGACCUCCAUAGCUACAGCACUGAACAGCAGUAGUGCUCUGAUAAAUCGAGCAGGGCAGGCACCACGUGCGAGCAAUCCAGAUCUGCGUAGGAUUGAUCCAGGAUGGGAAAGAGCAGAGAGUCUUCCACUGAUUGGCCCCCAUCGAGUCCUUGGGACUGGUUCUAUGGAGCGGAACAGAAUUACAACUUCCUCUAAGCCUGAAGGAUCGCCAGUUCUCUCGCAGGAUACAAGCCGGGGAAAGCCAGAGGAGAUACGCACUACCUCACGGCCCAGCAGACCUGCAGAUAUGCUGAACCUGGGGAAAGAGAUCCGGUCAGACGAGCUGCCCAAACCACCAGUUAAAGUGAUGGACUACUCUUCCUCAAGUGAGGAUUCUGGAAGCAGUGAUGACGAUGAAGAGGAAGGAGAAAAUGAACAUCAAGACGAGAAUCUGUCCAGCUCUGAUGGUUCCAGGUCAGGACCAAGCCGUAACAAGGACGGUGACACGGACAGCAUAAACACAAUGGUGGUGCACGAUGACGAAGAGCCUUCAGUGGUUGAAACAUCCGGUAACUCCUACGGAGACGGAACAAUGAUUGUACAGAGGACGCCUGAGGAGGAACGAGGGGUCCAUCAUCCAGACAGCAAUGGUUUCACGAGUCAUGUUAACCUGCCCGAUUUAGUGCGGCAGAGUCAUUCCCCGACUGAUCCCAAAGGGCCUAACUCUCAGCAGGACGAUAGUAUAGCAGAGUUUCAGUCAAGAGGCCUUGUGAAGUCGCCUGGCAAGUCAUCUUUUACUACCUUUGUUGAUCUUGGAAUGUACCAGAUGGACGCUGGUGGGGAAACAAUACAAAUUAGUGGUUUAAGUAUCAGUGACGUGAGCCGAUUAAACCAGCUGAAAUAUGAGGACAGGAAGUGCUCAGUGGUGAACGUCAAUCCAGCCAACACACGUCCACACAGUGAUACGCCAGAAAUACGCAAAUACAAGAAGCGUUUUAAUUCUGAAAUACUUUGUGCUGCUUUGUGGGGUGUGAAUCUGCUGGUGGGAACAGAGAACGGGUUGAUGCUACUCGACCGCAGUGGGCAAGGCAAAGUGUACAGCCUCAUCAGUCGCCGACGUUUCCAGCAGAUGGACGUUUUAGAAGGGUUGAACCUUCUCAUCACUAUAUCAGGUAAACGAAACAAACUACGUGUGUAUUACUUGUCCUGGCUGCGGAAUAAGAUUUUGCACAAUGAUCCAGAAGUGGAGAAGAAGCAGGGCUGGACCACAGUGGGAGACAUGGAGGGCUGUGUGCACUACAAAGUGGUGAAGUACGAGAGGAUCAAGUUCCUGGUUAUUGCGCUGAAGAACUCGGUUGAGGUCUAUGCCUGGGCCCCGAAGCCUUACCACAAGUUCAUGGCAUUUAAGUCAUUUUCAGAUCUGCCUCAUAGACCGACAUUGGUCGACUUGACUGUAGAAGAAGGUCAGAGGUUAAAGGUUAUAUAUGGAUCUAAUAGUGGCUUUCAUGCAGUCGAUGUGGAUUCGGGAAACACCUAUGACAUUUACAUCCCAGUGCAUAUUCAGACCCAUGUAGUGCCGCACGCUAUUGUAAUUUUACCCAACACUGCUGGAAUGGAAAUGCUUCUGUGCUAUGAAGAUGAGGGAGUUUAUGUGAACACCUACGGCCGUAUCACCAAGGAUGUGGUGUUGCAAUGGGGUGAGAUGCCGACCUCUGUUGCAUACAUCUGCUCGAACCAGAUCAUGGGUUGGGGCGAGAAGGCAAUCGAAAUCCGCUCUGUUGAAACAGGUCACCUUGAUGGAGUUUUCAUGCACAAAAGAGCACAGCGGCUAAAAUUCCUCUGUGAACGGAACGAUAAGGUAUUUUUUGCCUCAGUCCGUUCUGGUGGAAGCAGUCAAGUUUACUUCAUGACAUUAAAUAGGAACACAAUCAUGAACUGGUAAAGGACAACAUGUUGGACUACUGAAGAGUUGGAUACUGUAAAUAAGUAGGACGGUGCGUUUUGUAGAUCAGAGCUUUAAACAAGAGUUAAAAGGCCUCGGAAAGGUUUCUGUGGAACUUGCAGUGGAUCUCGUGCCUCAAAAGACAUUGUCAAUGAAGCUGUUUCUUUUCAAUUUAAUGUUUUCCUUUCCCUUUCUGGAGAACGAAUUUGACAGCUUGGCUGCAGUCACGUGACCCACCCAGCAUGCUUUUCUCUCUGGAAGCCCAGGCUGCUUGUUAUUGGUGGCAGAUCACAUGGACAGUGUGUGCAUUGGUUAAGGUUGUGUGGGGAGUAAUUGGGGUAAAGAAUAACGGGUCAAAGUGAUUCUAAAUGAGCCACUGUUCUAGUUGGGGUAGGGAGCACCAAAUACUAGUGCGACCCAAUCUGAGCCAUUUCAGGCCACUUUCCAAGGAUGGGUAGAUAGGAAAACCUGGUUUGAGCCCAGACUGGCAGUUCGGCUGUUUUGGGUUAUUUUCUUUUGCUUAUUUUAGAGUAGAACUAAGGUUUAAAAAAUAGUUUUGCAGAUUCUUUUCAUAAAUCCAAACAAGUGACCAAUUGUGCAGAAAGCGACUAGUUGUUCAGUCGCCUAUUAUUCAAGACGCUGAAGGUGUGGGUCACUCCAUUGUUGAUUUGAGGGACCAAUCAACUCAAUUUAAGGAUCAUUUCAGCCUCAGGUAAGCUGGUUUUGGGGUGAGGGGAGAGAAAAGAAAACAUAUAAACCAUCACAGUGCACCAUUUUUAUUAAAGUGCCAUCUCACAAUGUCUCCUCAAGGUGUGUCGGAUUGGCAAUAUUGGGCUGUCCAGACCACUCAAUAUGCUUCUAAGUGUCUGGUAAAGUUUCCUCCUUCACUGUCUCACCUACAAAGGUUUGGCAAAGAUUAUUCACUUGUACAUCCACUAUCAAGUUAAAUCUGAUCUCUGUCUCUCUCUCUCUCUUUUGAUUUUGAUACCUGUUCAGUUAAAUCUGACCUCUGUCUCUCUCUCUCUCUCUCUUGAUUUUGCUACCUGUUCAUACAGAUGACAGUGACAAAAUGUGAAGGGCACAAGAAGGCUGUAACACACCGAGCAGCCUCUUGGUACACUUCUCGUCAUUUAUUCAAUGUUGUUCUCUCAUGUGAUUUGCAUGGCCUUAAAAAAUGUGUUUCCUAACUCUUUACAGCACCGGAUUCAGUUCUCAAGAAACAAUCACCUCCAUUUUUUAUGUCCCGCACACGAAUUGCUUUUCUUAAAUCUCGCCAGGGAGUGGGAUGAUGGGGCACAACAAGAAAUAAACAAUGUGUAAGUGAAACAGCAGGUCUGAAAUUAGCCCCUUAAAUGGUCAGAUGUUGCCAUGGAAACUCUAGAGUCUUCCCAGUUGAGUCUUGCUGGCUGCCUUUUCUAGGGAAAGAUGUGUGGGCCGCAGUUUUAAAAUUCAUAAUCAAUGCUUUCUCGGCAGGUAUUCCCUGAGUAUUGUCUGGUCUCUAUUCUGUGCAUUGUCUGCAAAGUUCUUUGUGUUCUGUCCAGCCAGUGUAGCUCACUGUUAUAACAUAGGAACGGGAGUAAGUAAUUCCGCCUCUCAAACCUGGUCCCUCGUUCUGGCUGAUCUGUACCUCCACUCCACUUCUCUCCUUUGCUCUGCAUUCUUUAAUAUACACUUGCCCUUCCAGCUUUCCAGUGUUCAUCUGUUCCUUCGAUUGUGCAUGAUCAUGUUGCUCAGAUUUCUCUCUCCCUCCAUCCAUUACGAUGUCUCUCCACCAGCCCAGCCCAGUCUUCACCUCAAUCACUAGAUCAGGGGCCCUCUAGAAUGAUUUGAGAUUUUGCUUCCACUGCACCACCCCAAAGACCAUUCCCGAUAUGAAUCAGGAACCUGGGAAAGACUUAAGUCACUGGAUCUAGUGACUCAGAGAAGAUGGAAGAGUGCAGUUGAUUUGACGCAGGGGUUUGAGAUGGGGCUGAAGUUGUACAGCCGUAUGACAUCACACUGGAUAGGGCCAAACGAAGAGAGUCAGGCAUCAUCUACCACACUCAGAAGAAUCAGCUGCAUGCUGUAGGUGUUUGAUCAGGCCAGGUGUCAGAAUGGCAUAUCCACGGAGCCUUUUCCCGGUUGUUGUUUCGCAAGGGACCAAGAUUGUGAGGAAGAGAAGUUGGGAAUGUUUUAAUAUGGCCAGACGUACUGUGAACUGUUCUGUGUGAACUGACUUUUCAGCCUGAUGGCCUUUUUAAAAUCAAUGAUGCCAUGCUCCAGCGAUAGACUUGUUUCCAUGUUGUCUGUACGUUGUAUUGUGCUGCUGUUAUUUGGCAAGAGAAUUAAUUCGCUUGGUUUUGUCAGAAAAUUCUAUUGAUUUGGCUGUUAAACGAGAUUUGUGCAGUUGACUGGUCAGAGUAUGCAGUGGUGUAUUGUGGUGUUUGGGUUCAAUAGGUUUGUCUGCAGCUCAUGUACAUAUAUUUUGAGUUUAUUCUUUAAUACUACAUUGAAGCUCACACAAUGUUAUCAUGGAAUAAAAAUGAUUUGGAAAGAAUCCAAUUGUGGUGAACUUUAAUGAUGUUCCACUCAGUUCUCACCCUGUGUCCCCGGGAACAUCCUUGUCUGUAACUCUGUAGCCUCUGUUUCUGCUUGAAGCCAGCCAGAAACCCAUGCCUUAACAGUUUAACAACCUGACCAAAUGGAAUGAUUUGCUUUGCCUUCCAUUGAAGGAGGGAGAUUACGAUGCCAUUUCAAGGUGGGCUUAGUUUGUGCAAUAGCCCGUGAGUCAUGGAGCGGAGUUUACAUUGUUGUAAUUGCAGUUUUCAGGUUUCCAAUUCUGAAUUAAAUAUAUUGCUGAAUGCAGUAGUUCCAUCGUUGAUUCCAUACCAAGGACAGCACCAAAAUUGAAGAGCUCAGGACCUUGAAGACUUUUUGCUGUAGCAAAGGUCAGGCAGCAGGAAAGGUCAUUAAAUGGGGGACAGCAGCUCAUGUUUUUGAUCCACCUGUUGAGUGUGGAUGCAGGGAGUACGGGGUAGUGGUGGGUGGGGGGUAGAGAGAUUGAAGGGUCUCGUGGGAGUGUUUGUACUUUCUUCACUCCCCGACUGGUGAAGAAUGAGAUCGCAGAUGUGAAAGGAACAUGAUUACUUUGGCAAAUGGGGUUGAGCAAUUGAUUGAACACAGAUAUGCAAAGAUGAAUGGUUUGCGCAGUGAUGAUAGGUAAAGAUGCUGUCCAUAAAGGAUUAAAAAGUUAAUAAUUGAUCUCCUGUGGCAAGCACCCAGGGAUUCCAAGCUGAUGUCGUCAUAGAGUGAAGCUUCAGGAGGUUGGAGGUUAAUUUGACCACUGUGUGCCAACGUAAUUCAGUUUCGUGUUCAAUUCGCACAUUCCAUCCUUAUUGUGUGUACAUCCGUUAUUAACUCCAAUGUAAAAUGCCUGUGUAAACCUGUCACACUUUUAAUGACAUCCUCCUGCCAAUAAUGCCCUUAAUUCCAGGAGUUGGAAAGAGCAACAAAAUAACUCAUAAAUCAACUUUCAGACGAUGUCUCCACAAAAGGCUGCCAGCUUUCUUGACCCAAAUAGUUAAUAGCCCUUUUGGGAAAUAUGCCACCAUAAACACUGAGCUACAAUGCAAUUCCAACGAGUCACAUUGCUGGCCAAGCAAGAAACAUCACACUUUGUCAACAGGAUACGUUUGACUUACAUUUGACUUUUUUUUUGAAAUUUGAGCCUCGGAGGAAGACAGCUCAGUCAUCUUUUCAUUGCCUUUAUUUGGAAAAGUUUGAGGCUUGGGGUGGAGGUGUUGGCGUGGGGCGGGGGAAAUAGAGAAGACAGACCUCGAUCGAUUUGGGGAAUUUGCAGCUCGUGCUGGGCCUCACCGUAGACCUCGGCCAUGUCAUUUUAUCGUCCUUUUCACCCAAUAAUUUGCAGAUGUGGCAAACUCUUGCAACACUUUUGAAGUGCAAGAGUUUUUCCUUGUCUAGUGUUUUUCCUUGUCUAGUGUUUAGAACUGCCUGGCAUUUGGAAGCUUUAAAUUCCCACACUGCUGCAGAUCGGGUGUGGCCCCUGCCCCCAAGGUUGUCGUGUUCAGAAGCGGCAGCCAUUUAUACUGACUGCAGUGUAAUAACAGCUUCCCAUCUGCAGGGAGUGCUGGUGUCUGCACUUGUUUCAGCUGAACUGUAUCCACACUAUUCAUACUGCGUGAUGUCUGCGAUUGCUGUUUUCUCUCUCUAACUCGGUAUCAGAAUCAGGGCUCAUCAUCAUUUAUUGUUGGGCCCUUUCUCCGCCAUUUGAGAAACUGUACAGCUUUGACUCAAAGAGGACAUAUUCCAUUUAAAGGAAAAUCUUUCCUCCACCACCCCCCCCUCCAACUCCUGUAAAUAGUUUGAAAUGUUAAUCAUACACUUUGGGGUCAAAGUGUUGUGUGAACUAAGUUUUCUUUUUUGCAGAAGAAAAGGCAUUAGACAAUCGAGACAAGGGUGAGUGUUUGGAUACUGAAUGUACUCGCAUGUAGGUUUCAUGUGUGUUCAAGAGCUAACAUUUGAUUAGGAUGAAUGGUCAAUGUUACCUGAAUUUCCCUGACUGUUAGGGAAUCUGGCUGUUUUCUCUCAAGUUAUUCCUUUCAAGGAGGAGGUGAUGGGAACAAGUCUUUUUAAAGGUUAAUAAUUGAAGUACUAAGCCCUUCUUGCAUGACAUAGUUUAUGGUGAAUAUUAAGUCAUGCACUGUUCUAUAACAUUCCAAGUAUUUUUUUAAUAUACAAACAUCAGGGCUACAGGUGUUUGCUGAUGGAAUGAGUCACAUUCUGUUUUUCUUUCUUGUGCUAAGGUAUAUUUUGAGGUUGCUCUCUGUUCUUUCAUCCAUUCUUUUCCCUGACCAUUGUGAAGCAGUGGUAUUGAACUCGAUAUUUUUAAUAUUCUUCUAUUGUUCAAGGGCUGCAGAAUUUGAAAAGCUUUUCCAGUCAGCCUUAACUAGCUUCCUUUUUCCUUCAAGUAGGCGUUCCUCUCUCAAUACCUUGGAUAGAGUUUGCUGGUACAUGAUUGCUACAUGAUUCAUAUCUGACAGCCAAGAGGUGUAUUUCUCUCUUGUUCUGUCUUUGCAUCUUUGCUUUGUUGAUCUUCAGCUGGAAACAGAGAAGAAGCUCAUGGUGGGUUUGAAAUGGUAAGUUUGAAGAAUGCUUUCUUCUGGCUUUCUGGGUGCAGAGAGGCAAGUAUCUUCCAUGCUGAGAAAUCCCCUUUAGUUUUUUCCUUUUGAAUCUUGAUGUCCUUUUUGAAGAUCCAUCAACGUUUUAAGUACGUACAGAGCAAUGGGAUGGUUAGCAUGCUACAUGAGAAACACAGUAGUUGUCCCAAUUUCAUUAACCCAUCUGACAUUAAGAUAAUCUACAGAGCACACAGGAAACUGUUCAAUCUACACUGUGUUCAGUCCAAAAGCGCUUCAAUCUCGGUCACAGAGCCUCAGGAUGCAAAUGGCUCUUUUUCCAGGUCACUGUCGCCUCCUCCUCUGAAGCACAUGAGAAAGUUGGCUUUUCACUAAACACUGGGAAAACUAUGGUCUUCUUCCAAACAGCUUCCACAGCAAAACAGCCCCCCCCCCUCCACCCCCGCCAUCAAAGGUGGCAUCGUGGAAAAUGUCAAACAUUUUCUGUAUCGUGGGAGCAUCCUCGCAAUGAAGGCAGACACAGGUGACAAUUCAUUAUCACCUCCAAUGCGUCAGUUCAGCCUUCAGCCAACUGAGGAGAAAAGCAUUAAGAGGACCAGAAUCUCAAACCCCUGAUGAAGGUCAUGGUUUACCAGACAGUCGUAAUCCCCACUCUCCUGUAAGCUUCAGAGACUUGGACAUCUUACAGCAGGUACCUCGAAGCACUGGAGAGGUACCUCCAGCGGGGCCUUUGUAAGAUCCUCCAAAUCCGGUGGGGGGGAGGGGGGGCAGGAAGGCAGUCCAUCAACAGCGCCCUCUCCCGGGCCAAACUGCCUAGCGUUGAGUCACUAAUCACUCUCGUAUCCUUGACACCAGACUCCCAAAACAACUUCUCCAGUCAGAAAUCGGUUGUGGCAGGAGACUCCCAGGAGAACAGCAGAAACACUUCAGGAAUGUCAUCAAAGUGUCCCUGAAAAGGUCAAACAUCCCGCUGACCCAUGGGAGUCCCUGACUUGUGACUGACCGAGAUGGGGAAUGUUCGUUCAGGAAGGCACUGAACACGCCGAGAUCUUUCAUCAGGAACAUGCAGAGGAGAAGUCGAGGCGUCAAACAACCCGUCUACCCAACCCUUCCAGCAUCGCCUGCCCCACAUGUGGUAGAGUCUGCAGAUCGUGCAUUGAAAUGAUCAGCCAUCUCAGAACCCAUCAAACAGCAGUGGAAGCAAGGCGUCCUCAAUCCUGGGGAGCUGGAUAAGAAGGCCUGAGAGUCCCAGGGCUAGGGAGAUGGGUUAAUGUCAAGCAUGGUGUAGGAUCCCUUUUCUCUCUUGCUCUGAGUACAAAAGGUCAAAGAUCAGGCAAGGCACUAUUAUUUUCUAACCUUAAAGAAUUAAAUUUGACAGAAUCAAGCACUUCCCAGUAAACAAUGAAUAGUUCUUCUUGCAACCAGUUUCAAGUGGGCACAAGUCAAGACAAGAAAAUUAUCGAGCUUUUUAUUCUUGGGUGAAAUGAAAAGAUGCCCUUCCUAUGCUAGCUUGACCUGCUGUUGCAUAUGGCUCUCCUAAAAACCCAUCAAGAAUGGCUGUUUUAUAUGGUAUUCUUUGAAGUCUGCUUCUUUGACCAUCAUGCCAUAUAUGGGAUAUUUUAAACACUAAAAAAUUUCUCAUCAAUUUGCAACUCUUGCAUGUUUAUCUGUGUUUCUUAUCAGUUACUCACGUUUUAUCACCUACCAAAGGCUUCAUCCUGUCUUGCUGAUGUAUACACCCUUCUGUCCUAAUGUCCUGGACAUGAAGCAAUGAUCAUCAUGCACCCUGAUGAGGGUCAAGCUGACUGCUCUGUGCUCUGUAGCCAAGUAAUCGGGGGGGUUUCAUGUCCUUUAUUGUAAUCAUGUGUAAAACAGAAGUCAAUAUUGAAAAGUCUGAAAUAUUCAGUGGUCUCUUUUCUUGAUUCAUGUCCAGAGACCCCAUGUGGGCAUUGGGUAAAUAUGGGAUAUGGUUUGACUGCAUUGAACUCCUGCUGGUAACUAGCCGGCCAGCACAUGAUAUCUGGAGGGUAACCGAGAACUGAAGGCAUUGGUCCCCAGUCAAGGCGUAGCAGCUUCGGGAAGGGGAGGGAGAAAAUCCAAAGGUGGUACGUGGGAGGUGAUGCCUGGUUUCUUCAGUUCCCCACUUCUGGUAAUGAGGCAUGAGAAAACGAAUAGAAAGCUUGCUCUGGGGAUGUGGGUCUCCUGAAUGCACCGUCUCCUUUCAUAAUGGCAAAGGCAACACUGGAGAGGUUGACAGUUGUUAGCUUCUGACUGAUCAUGGAGACAAAUAAACAAUACAUAAAGGGCUAAAUGUAAACAAUUUGAAAAUAUCUAGCCUCCACUUGACCACAUUACCAAUGAGCAUUUGACUGCAAGACUUGACGCUCGUGUUAACAUGUAUGCGAGUACAGAAAGUGGAACAACACGAUGGCCUCCCUUUUAGCCAUUAAUGUGCAAUCUAACGCUGUGGAGUCUUGUUUCUUUGCUAUUUAGUUUGAAUUAAUGUUUGCAAAAAGAACUGACAAUCUUGUUUUCUUUCCAAACUGAGUUGACUGCUUUGAUUUACAAGCCAGCAUAGUGCAGGGGGCUAACGAUGGAUUGUGGAGGGGUGAUUGCAUGCUGCAGAACCUUUUGAGCUCCAAUAUCAUUGGCAAUACAGCUUCUUGUUUCUCACAUUCUUGGUGUCUUUGCAGUAAGGUAAACAAAUUAAUCUAGAACUGAACCAAGCAUUGCUGGUAUCUGUACAGUAUGUUGUACCUGGGAAGGGACUGGUACUGGGAUUUACUGCCCUGGCCUUGCUUUUCAUUCAGGGGGCAGGGUACACGGCGCCACUGGCAAGGCUGAGAAAGCCAUCAGGAUUUCCUGGCUUGCCAGCUUGGAAUGCUUAACAUGGACAAAUCCUCACAAUGUGGAAGGUCAUUUUCACUUGUGCACCCAGAAAGCAAUCAUGCCUCGUCACCACAGCGCCCAGUUGAUGAAGUGAUUUCAAGGCAUUUGUUUCUACUACCCUGUCCUGAAACUCACGAUGCUUUUUGAGUGUAAAAUAUUGUUGACAUAAAGUCCUCAAUCGUCCUUUUGCUGGUUUGACCACGUACCAUUUGUUACCCAAGAUUUAACUUUUGCAUCUGUUUGUUUUUAUUUCCCUGGCUCUGAUCUUCCAUUUGGUCAACUCCCCCCCCAAAACUAAACAAAGCUCCACUUGAAGUUUUAUCCUAUUGAAAUAUAGCUGAGGCCUGUGUGUCUCCGCUGUGGUUAAUACGUUAUUGUUCCUCACACCACAGCUCUGUAACGUGGAGAGGCAACUGAAAGAAAGGACAUUGGGACCCUCGAUGGCAAUUUCAACAUUUAAUUCAAAUAACUGGACUUGAGACAAUGAAACUGGAAUGAUCCAAAAAGGCUGCAGAUUGACCUGAGAACUUUAAGGCCACGUGUUUUCACUCUGGGCUUUGAGGGUGUGGAAGGAUGUUUGAGAUCAUUGCAUUGUGUUGGUGAAGAGAGCCAGCCUUUUAUGAGCGAUCAUAAUACUCAUGAAUUUAAACCAACCACACAUGUUUAACCCGGACUGUACUUAACAUGCUGGACAUCUUGAUCAUGAAGUUAAGUUUGCGCCAAACUCACUUGAUCUCUUUCUUACCUUCCACACACUCUCUCCACAACCCCCCUCACCCCCGCACCUUGGCCCUCUCAAGGAACAAAUCUUAGCAAUUACAGCCUCACUAGCCACUAAUUAUUCACAACAAAUUCCCUGUUGAGAAGGGGUUGCGGUGCCCUUUGUCUCCGGUCACUGCAAUGCGCGGCCCGGCCGGCUCCAAGUACCAGUCUGCUCCCAACUUUAACCCUUUUCAACUGUGGGUCAAAUACUUUUUUUUAAAAGAUGUAUUACUUGCCUUACGAGGGAUUUUUAACUCUUUUUGUUUCUUUUGUACCAGAGAAUAAACCAUUCCUUCUGCUCUUGUUUCUGAAGUUGAGUUUGACCCAUUGCCUGGUGGCUGCAGGACCUUGGGGGUGAGAUGACCCUGUUGUGUACCCACCCUGCCACCUCCCACACUGGUACUGUACUAUAAAACUCUGGCUGGCAUCCACCCUUUUGGGAAUUGAGCUGCCGUUUUUAAACCUGUGGCCACAUUGCCCCGGUUUGAAAUGAUUCUGUCCCUUUUGGAGUCCUGUCCAGUGAUCGGCCUGUGACUGCCAUAAGACUAAAGCCUUGCGUUCAAACCCAGGAGAGUUAAGAAUCCCAUGUAAGACGUUCUUUCUCUUCAACGAAUGAAUGUAUCUUGUUUGACAUAAUUUAUGGUUGGAAAGUUUUCUUUUUUGUUGAGAAAUAAACUCUGCCCUCUGA